CAGUGCGAUAAGGCCGGAGUCGUGUGAUGUGGCCAUAUGGCCUCACAGAUUGUGCCCAACAGCUCGAAACACCAAUGCAGACAUGGUAUUCUCUGUGACAGAUGGCCUAGUAAUCACCAGAUACACAGUCAUGUUGCGCCCUAAGGGGUUGGUAUGCUUCUCAUCAGGCCUCCCCAUCAAGCACGUGAGGCGUGACGAUGUAUCGCAGCCCUGCGUCAUAGCCUUGUGGGCCCAGAUAAAAUGCACUUGCAAGUUGACACUCCGUAACAUGAAGCCAACGGAUCAUCGCGCAUCUUGGUCGUCGCAAUGAACCGUAUAGGUAUAGGAAGCCGCUGGUGGAGGUCCUCCUGCUUCUCGGGUCCCAAUACCACAAGACGGCUAUCCGCGACAAGGACGCUCCGAAUACCCGACAACGGACUCAAGAAGAAGAAGGUCACAGACGGCGAAGUCGCUCGGCUGGCUGGUAGGCCCUUACACCCAUUGACUUUAGCAGACCUGGCCAAGUCCGGCCGGCCACCUCUCUCGACCGAGCAAUUACUCGACUCGGCCAACUUCACCCUCUCAAUCCUACCAUCGCGACUCGCCCAUCGCAUCCAGUCUCUUCGCAACCUGCCCUUCAUCGUAGUCGCCAACCCAAACGUGUCCAAGAUCCACAACAACUACGUCCACUCCUUGUCCACACUCUUGCCCUAUGCCUCGAAGGAGAUCAAGACACUCGAGGAGGAAAUACAGUUCACAAGUGUCAUGGCCGAUCUGGUCCAGACGCACUCCAACACCAUUUCCAUCCUCGCACGUGGCUUCCUCGAAGCGAGGAAAUACAUCAGCCCAAACGAGGUGACAAAGUUCCUCGACGAACACUUGCGCGCGAGAAUAGGCACCCGCCUGAUUGCCGAGCAGCACAUCGCUCUGCACUUCUCCUCCAAGCCUCAUCUUGACCUCUCGGAACAGGACUCGCACAUCGACUCAACAUAUAUUGGUGUAAUCGAUACGAAGCUGAAGCCUGUAGAUAUCAUUAGACAUUGCGAAGGCCUUGUCGGCGAUAUCUGCGAGUUCAAAUAUGGCGUACGGCCCUCUGUCGUCAUUCGUGGCGAGGCGGAAACGACUCUGGCCCACAUUCCAAUGCAUCUGGAGUACAUCAUCACAGAGCUCUUGAAGAACGCCUUCAGAGCAACCAUCGAGAAGGGAAACGAACGCCACCCAAUUGAAGUGACGAUUGCUCCAACCCCAGAAGAAUCAAAGGGGAAGCCUGAUGGCAUUACCAACUAUGACCAAGGUUCUGUGGAUGCGGCUAGUGCAUCACAGAGGCCUGCCAACGCCGCCUCAGCAAACAUCCGCCCACUGGACAAGUCCACUCCAGGCGUCACUAUCCGCAUUCGUGAUCGAGGGGGCGGUAUACCCCCCGCGGCUUAUGCCAAACUUUGGGAGUUCGGCUUCACCACUUUCAACGAGCAAGAGAUCGUCGACAUAACCAGCGGAGGCACUAAUGACGGCGACGGCUUGAAUGCUCUCUCAAAUGCUGGCGGUGCUGAAAACAGCCUGGCGGGUUUGGGUUAUGGCUUGAAGCUAGGCAGAGCGUAUGCUGAGUACUUUGGUGGCGGUAUCAGAGUACAGAGCUUGCUUGGCUGGGGUACAGAUGUCUACCUCAGCUUGCGUGGUGUAGGAAACAUCAAGUAGACUUUUUUGACGACUUUGAAUGGUAAGGGGAUAUAUGGGGACGUGAUCGAAAGUCAUCGGAGUACGACAGCUGUCAUAUGACGGGAAAACGUGCCAGCGAAACCUAUCGAGUUCUAUCUAAUUCUAGUGCGACACCAGAGGAUCUACUCCAAGCA